GGUUCGGAGACAACAUCCACUGGAGGAGUCUGGACGAUGGGAAGAAGGAGGCAGAGGCCAGGUAAGGAUAUUUAACCCUGAUAUAAAUACCUCUGGAAGAGCUAAUGGGGUGUAUUCACUAGGAACCAAAUGGAAGCAAACUCGUUUUGAGUAAAGUUUACGGUGCAAAAAAUGUUUUGCAACUGUUCGGCUAAUGAAUAUACCCCUGGCCUCUCUUGCUAGGAGGAUAUCAAUUGUAUGGAACCAUUGGCGAGUUUGCGUACAGUACUUUAACACAUUACUUAUCCUCUUCACAGUGGACUGCCACUGAUGGUCAUCGUCCACAAGACCUGGUGUGGAGCCUGCAAAGGUAAAGACCUUCCUCUUAUAAUAACCUGAUUACAUUUACAAAACAGCCAUGUCAUCUCCUGCACAAUGAAGCCAUCAUCAUCAUGUUCAGUUUUCUCCCUUCAGCUCUGAAGCCCAAGUUCGCUGAGUCCAAGGAGAUCUCUGAGCUGGCUCACAACUUCGUCAUGGUCAACCUGGAGGUGAGGAUAAUGGACUGUUUAAUUAUUAAGAGUCUAUUGACGCAUCUGUGCGUCAAUCUAAGUAACUUAAUAGAAAAUUCCCCAUCAGAAUCUGUCAGUUUAAGCUAGAUAUAGUUUUUUUUUUGCAUGGGCUGCGUCUCAAUCCACCUCAUCCUCCUUUGUUGUCCUUCCUCAUCUGCGGUGAAAGGUGACAGAGCUAGAGCGGUGUUUGUCAGACUGUGAGACGUAGCGUCCGAACGGUUUAUACGGAAAGGGGGAGAACACCAUGGUUUGUUUAUGUGCCAACAAAAAUAAGGGGUUAAAUGUGUCCAACAAAACAAAUAUUUCCUGAUAUUUUUUUAUCUCCUAGAUAUAGGACAGACACUUCAAAACCUUAUGAUUCAUUUUUUGCCAUCGGAUGAAUCCCAGAACAUAUUCCAGUCUGUGCUAGCGAAACAGUCCUGUAGCUUAGCAUCUGCGUCAUCUGACCACUUCCGUAUUGAGCGAGUCACUGGUACUUCCUGUUUUAGUUUUUGCUUGUAAACAGGAAUCAGAAGGACAGAAUUAUGGUCAGAUUUGCCAAAUGGAGGGUGAGGGAGAGCUUUGUAUGCGUCUCGGUAUGUGGAAUAAAGGUGGUCUAGAGUUUUUUUUUCUCCCUCUGGUUGCACAUGUGGUCCUCUGUAGCUCAAUUGGUAGAGCACGGCGCUUGUAACGCCAGGGUAGUGGGUUCGAUCCCCGGGACCACCCAUACGUAAAAAUGUAUGCACACAUGACUAAGUCGCUUUGGAUAAAUUAUAUUAUGUGACAUGCUGGUAGAGAAAUGAGGUAAAACAGAUUUAAGUUUGCCUGCAUUAAAGUCCCCGGCCACUAGGAGCGCCGCCUCUGGAUGAGCAUUUUCUUGUUUGCUUAUGGCCGUAUACAGCUCGUUGAGUGCGGUCUUAGUGCCAGCAUCGGUUUGUGGUGGUAAAUAGACGGCUACGAAAAAUAUAGAUGAAAACUCUCUUGGUAGAUAGUGGGUCUACAGCUUAUCAUGAGAUACUCUACCUCAGGCGAGCAAUACCUUGAGACUUCUUUAAUAUUAGACAUCGCGCACCAGCUGUUAUUGACAAAUACAAACACCCCCGCCCCUCGUCUUACCAGACGUCGCUGCUCUGUCCUGCCGAUGCACAGAAAACCCAGCCAGCUCUAUAUUAUCCAUGUCGUCGUUCAGCCACGACUCGGUGAAACAUCAGAUAUUACAGUUUUGUCCCGUUGGUAGGAUAGUCUCGAGCGGAGCUCAUCCAGUUUAUUCUCCAGUGAUUGCACGUUGGCCAAUAGAACGGAUGGUAGAGAGGCGGUUUACCCACUCGCCGACAAAUUCUCACAAGGCACCCCGAUCUCCGCCCCCUGUAUUUCCGUCUUGUCUUUCACGCGAAUGACGGGGAUUUGGGCCUGGUCUCGGAGAAGCAGUAUAUCCUUCGCGUCGGACUCAUUUUAAAGAAACCACGUAUAGAACAGGUCCCUAUGUCACUACUUAUCAGUUCAACUCAUACUAAUCUCAUGUUCUCAGGAUGAGGAAGAACCUAAAGAUGAGGCCUACAGUCCUGAUGGUGGAUACAUCCCCAGGAUACUGUUCCUAGGUAAGAACUCUAACCCCUAACCCAGCCCUAACAGUCCUGAUGGUGGCUACAUCCCCAGGACACUGUUCCUAGGUAAGAACUCUAACCCCUAACCCAGCCCUAACUCCAACAGCCCUAACUCCAACAGCCCCAACUCCAACAGCCCCAACUCCAACAGCCCCAACUCCAACAGCCCCAACUCCAACAGCCCCAACUCCAACAGCCCUAACUCCAACAGCCCCAACUCCAACAGCCCCAACUCCAACAGCCCUAACUCCAACAGCCCUAACUCCAACAGUCCUGAUGGUGGCUACAUCCCCAGGACACUGUUCCUAAGUCUCUACAUUAAUAAUAGUUAUUCUGUAAGAAGAGCCUACUAGAAUAGUACGGUACUUUUUAAUUCAUCAUUUGCUCUGCUCCCAACCCCCAUAAUAUUCCUGUUCCUGUCCAUUCCCACCCCACAGACCCCAGUGGUAAAGUCCACCCUGAGAUCACCAACAAAGACGGAAACCCCAACUACAAGUACUUUUACAGCAACGCAGACCAAGGUGAGAAUCCCAUAUUGUCUGUUUGGAUGAUGAAGAUGAUGGUUGAAUCAUUGCAGUGCCUUGCUUAGGUCAAUCUUCUCAUUCCUCUCCGACUGACUGCUCUGUUUCCCCUGGGGUCUGUCUGUCUAGUUGUGUCUGCUAUGAAGAAGGCCCAGGAGAAGCUGACAGGAGAUGCCUUCAGGACCCACAUUGAAGACGAGCUG